AUGAAAGCAUCUGGUUCUCCUUGCCCUCUCGAUCAGCUCUCAAUAAUAUGUUUUAAACGCUGUCCUUACCUAAGAACUUAUCUCACCGAACUUAUACGGGCUGUCUGGUUAUCUGGUACCAUCCCUUCUGAAUGGAAAAGAGCUUGUACCAUUCUUAUUCACAAAAAAGGCGAAGCUAACGAUCCCUCCAAUUUCCGACCCAUUACACUUGAAUCAAUUCCUUUGAAAGUAUUUACAUCCUGUCUCAGUAAUUCACUGUAUUCCUUCCUCGCUGCAAAUAAUUAUAUCGAACAUAACAUACAAAAGGGCUUCACACCAAAUCUUUCAGGUACUAUGGAGCACACUGCUCAAAUGGCGAAUAUUAUAAACAAAGCACGGAUUAAACAGCGCUCUCUUGUCAUCACUCUCCUUGACCUUAAGAAUGCUUUUGGUGAAGUUCAUCACAACUUAAUUCAAUCUAUACUUGAAUAUCAUCAUAUUCCUGACCACAUCAAAAAUGUUAUCAAAAGUUUAUAUGCUGAUUUUAAAACUUCCGUGAUAACUUCUGAAUUCCGCAUUCCGUUCAAAACUGUUGGCCGUGGUGUGCUACAAGGUGGUUGUCUUAGCCCUCUGCUGUUCAACAUUUGCUUUAAUACUUUCAUUCAGCACAUAAAAGCUGA